AUGAUAAGCUUCAGCGCGAUGCUACUGCAGUUGGUGGCCAUAAAUUUUGUACACGCUCAUGACACAGGGAAACCAUUUGUGACCGUCGUGAGAACCGAUGGCUUUGGGGCACAGUUGCAAGAAAGGAUCACAUGUCUUGUCAAGAGUAGGGUAAUUCCAGGAGUUUCAUAUGUACAUACGCCAAUGAAAAAUUUGGACCACUUAAGGUCCGCAUCCUGGCGAGUUUUCCAAGACCUGGAAGAUUUUGUCAACCUUGGGGAAGGUGAGCUACGGCCAGAGGAUGUACCGGCAGAUCAAAUCGAGAUCCUAGAAGGUUGUGCAGGUUUUGUGAAUGCCAACAUUGGUUUGCUUGAGUUGUUCAAGGGAGAGCUGUGUUUGAAGCAACAAAGCAACAAGGAAUGUCCACAGCAGCGCAUUCAACAUUUCCACCUUGACAGGGGCAAUCCUCGAAAGCUUAGUGUACAUGUGCAUGUCAGACGAGGAGAUGUUCAGAGGGACAACAAAGAUAAAUGGUUGGAGAUGUCUCACCAUCUGAAAACUGUGCAAAAGGUGUCAGAAGCUGCAAAAUUGGUUGACCUGUCUGCCGAAAUUCAUGUUCACUCUCAAGGAAAUACCUCAGAGUUUACUCAACUUGCGGAAAAGUACGAAGCAGCGCUGCAUCUUGACGUAGAAAUGCUGGCCUCUUGGAAGGCCAUGACAGAGGCUGACGUGCUGAUCAUGAGCCGCAGUUCAUUUUCGUACACAGCUGCAUUGUACAACCAAGCGGGUAUCAUCAUUUACAGUGAUAUGCGGCCUUCUGAGCCUCUUCCCAGCUGGCUUGAAGACUCGGCAUCAGUCAAUGCUAUUGCAAUGCGAUUGCAGCACUUUAAGGUUCUCAGGCGUCUAGGAAGUCUAACAUAG